AUGCUUGCCUAUAAUUACCCACCAUUGACAGACUGGGGCUGCUUUGAGGUUCCACCGAAGCCAUCCGGAGCAGUUUAUCAAAACUGGAAUGGAAAGGACUAUCCCAUAGCAAGUGGUGCUUUAGUAACUUCAGUUUGUCCAGCUGGUUCACGUUUUCAGACAGGUGCAACGUCCUAUUCAGUCACCUGCGGGACAGAUGGAUAUUUCAUUCGACCACCUAGACCGAAUCCGUUUUGCACAGGUGGAGACGGUUACAAGGAAAAAACCGUAGAUAAAACCUGCUUCAAGAUCAUCGAAGAGUCUAUUUUCCCCCUGGAGGCUGAAAAGUAUUGUGCAACAAUGGGAGGAAGUUUGCUGACUUACUUACCGACCAGACUCCAAUUGUUCCAAGAUUUAUUUUUCCCUGCGAAUUCAACCAAUGAUGGCGCACAUUUCUUCACGGGUUAUACCGACUUGGCAAUAGAGGGCAUAUACGAGGACUCCAAAGGUAACAAAUUGCCAAGUUGCAUGGGGCCCACGGAGCCGGAUGGAGGAACACUGGAAAACGUGGUCGGAUUUUAUUUUUCGCGAGACGGAUCGUCUUCAAGUUGUUACGACGGCGAAAAUUUACCCUUCAUGCGAUCCGUAUGCAAAUUUUCCAACUGCUGACAUAUUUUAUUGAUAUUUUGCAUCACCGAAAUGCGUGAAUAUGCUUCGAUCUCUGCCCGCUCUUUCGAGAACUUGGAAGCUUGAUGAACGUUUCCUCGGAUAUUGCAGAACAGAUACCGCUGAAAAACUUUUGAAAGUUGGCCAAUACAGAAAAAAAACUUGUCCUGAAA